ACGAGGGCAGAAACAGGGGAACAGGACGAAAGGGAAUAAGGAGGGGAAGAGAAGAAGGGUUGAGAGAGAAGAGGAGGAAGAGCGAGGGGAAGGAGGAGGAGGAGAAGGUAGACGAGGAGAAGGAGGAGUAAAAGGAGGAGGAGGGAAAAGAAGUUGGGAAGGAGAAGGCGAGAGUAGUCGAGUUAGUAUUCCGAGACAUGUGCCAAGUGACAUAACGACGGCGCUCUGUAUGUGCCACGGAUUUAGCCAUGCAAUAACCGUGGCUCUCAUGCAACACUUGUCCUCACGCCCACGCCCCCUCGGCUGCAUGACGGAGGAGACGGGGUGAAGGCGGCUACCUCAGAGCUCACCAGUUGAACGCGGGUCAUCGAUCAAGGAGGUUGGUUGCGAGCUGGCCGGCGGGUUGCCUGACGCCCCCCCACAACACAGCACCGUGGCUGCCAACUCAGCCCCCGUGGCGGCCUACCCGCCCGCCCCAGACAUGUCGCACAUGUCCGCCUACUAUAACAGCUACCCCGACUACCGGCCGCCCCACCCGCCCGACGAAUACCCGGGCGCGCCGGGCGGCCAGGGAGGCGGCGGGGGCGGCGGGGGGCACUGCGGCCAGGAGUACGACCCCCGCAUGCCCCCCACACACCCGUACUACACUCAGCAAGGCUACCCGCGCUACCCGCCCUACGACAGACUCAUGAACAAUUACUACAACGCGCAAACACCUCAGCACCCACAGACUCCACACGGCAUGCAACCGCACGACGCCCACGACUACCGCGACCCCUCGCCCGCGGCGCCCACGUGCAUGGGCCAGCAAGCGUCCCCGCCCGUGCAGCAGUACUCCUCCUGCAAGAUGGCGGGGCAGCAGCAGGGUCCGCCGCAGCAACCACAGCAGCAGCCGGGCAUGGAUCCGUCCGGAGGUCCUCCUCAAGACACAGCCCACCACAUGGCCGCGCAGGAACAUGGCCAGGGAUGGCCAACUCAGCAGCCGCAACAACAAAAUACCCAAGCCGCCCUCCCUUCACCGCUCUACCCGUGGAUGAGAAGUCAGUUCGAGAGGAAGCGUGGACGACAGACCUACACGCGGUACCAGACCCUCGAGCUGGAGAAGGAGUUCCACUUCAACCGCUACCUGACGCGCCGACGGAGGAUAGAGAUCGCCCACGCCCUCUGCCUCACCGAACGACAGAUCAAAAUCUGGUUCCAGAACCGCCGCAUGAAGUGGAAGAAGGAGAACAAAACCAAAGGAGUGGAAAACGGCAACUCUCUCUCAGAAACCCCUACCCCCACCUCCCCCACCCAGUGACCUCCGAGCUGCGGGUCGGUUGCCAAAUAUUGACCUAGGGUGUGCAAAAGUGCCAGUGCAGAGUGUGUGACCCAUUUUAUACUGGAUAAUUAAGUGCUAUUUUACAUAGUCUACGUGUAUGUGCUCCGUAUGUACAGUGCAUCUCCAAAAAAGAAAAAAAAAUAUUGGCAAGUGUUUUGAAUAUACCAGUGACUACAUGUAUAAGCCAGGAUGACGUCAGCGAAGGCGCCAUAGUGUAAAGUGUAUUCUGUGUAUUAUUGGUGUUCAAGCCGGGAAACAGCCUACCAGUGCCAGUACCACAUAGGGGCUUCGGGAGCCGGGUGAAGCAGUGACGUGGCAGUCUCCUAUUGGUGUAAGCUUUAUGCAUUAGCAGUAACGUAAAGAAAAAAGAAAAACGUAAAAAAAAAAAAAGUUCCCAAAGCUACGUUGCCACCUAACGACAUUACGUCAACAGCGAAGACUACAAUCAUUCCAAGAACCAGAUGAGUAGCCGUUUUCUGUCAUCUGUCAUGUCAUCCAUCACUUGACAAGCUACCUUGACCCCCAACCCCCCGAGUCCCCAACAACCAUGUCAGGCGCCAGUCCCCCCCUCGCCAACCAAAACUAAAACCACACAGGAGAGUCUAGCUGUUUAAACCUGAUCUAAUGUUUCCAGUUGCUUCUCCUACUCUGGUAUUGUAUAAAAUAAGAGUUUCGAUACAAAAUUGAUGUUUCCCACUAGGAAAAACCCAGUAUAUAUAAUAUAUGCUAGAUUGUAGCGGGAGGCGAAACUAAACUAGGUGUUAUUGAGUACUACUAGUAUACCACACAGGUUACAAAGGAUAAUCAGAAGUGAUCAGCAGUAAUGGUAUCUCUUCCGAAGUGAUCUCUGUACACAGAGGACCAGCUAUGUAGAUGGUUCUGUCCAAAAGAUGGUUCGACAAUAGAGAUGGUUUCCCCCAAGGAGAGAGGGCUCCCUUUCGUAUAUAGUUGAGCCAUCAUUAUUUUUUUUUUUCUCCUUUUUUAUCAACGAUCAAGUUCUCCUUGAUGCAACUGGUCCUUCAAAUGAUUAUUCUACCUAAGAGGAAGAGGGCUUCGAGGUGCACCCACUGACCGUUCCCCUCGAUGUCCAACCACGCCCUUGCGGGACAUAAGCGUUCAGUCAGUGUAUCCUUUGGAGUCUUUCCCCCUUCCUCGUUCAAAGAUGGUUCCAUGUUCGCAGAUGGUCCGCUUACAGAGAUGGUCCCUCAUACCACCCCCUCCCCUUACCAGAUGGUCGCUCUCCGGAAGGAAUAGUUGUAUGGGCAAAAACAUAAGAAAGAAAAUGAAAAAAAAAAAAAACACGCGAGAAAUAAGUAUGAAUAGAUAACAACCUGAAACCAGUCCAUAUCACAAAGUAUCCACAUCUUAUGCUCAAUAAAUACUUCGUAAAUUUUCUCUCUCUCUUUUAUAUAUAUAUAUAUAAUUUAUUUUUCUUAGAUUUUUUUUUUAAGGUUUGUUUUCCAUUUUCUAUUUAUUUACUUGCUCUUUGAAGUCAUAUAUUUUCUCUAUCUCUCUUUUUUUUCGGGAAUAUAUUGAUUUCAUCUGGGGGUACAUGCGUUGAUCCGCCACCACAAACAGAAGGAAAUGUUGCCCAUAUAAUGCUAUUCUGCUGAACGUGUGUUGCAUGUUGAAAGACGGGUAAUGGAACAAGAAGACGAUGAUAAUAAGCAAACUAAAAAAAAAAAAAAAAAAUAACCAAAAAAAAAACACACCAUAAAAUAAAAUAAAAUAAAAAAUAGUUUAAAAAAGGCUCAUCUAUGGAAGGUUUUGUAGGAGAAAGACCUUGGCUCGGUCUUGGUGGGGUCCCUGUGCUUGUAUUCACGGGAAUGGAACGGGACCAAAGCAAUCAAAAUGAUGAUAACAAUAAAAACGAAGGUUGUGGAAGAAAAAAAGGAUAAGAAAAAAAAAAAGAAAAAGAAAAAGUGGAUCUUCAUCUCAUGAUUUUUCGAUUUCAUUAUUCUUGAUCAUUUCAUUCUCUCUCUCAUUCGUUGUGGACGUGAUGAGUAGUCCUUUUUAAGUCACCCUUUGAAAUGUAUCCAUAUUUAUAAAACGUCAUGCUCAUCCGCCAUGUUCAUCUGCCAUCUCCUCUUCCUUCUCCCCCCCCAUUCCGCAUCCUCACCUUCCUUCUCUUCUUAUUCGUCUUAUUCUCUUUUCUUUCUCCGCCUUUUUCUUCCUCUUCCCUCGUCCUCUCCCCGCUUCCUAUCCCUCCAUCUUCUUCCUGCUCUUCUUUCUCAUCUUUUUCUUCUUCCUCAUCUUUUUCUUCUUCCUCAUCUUUUUCUUCUUCCUGCUCUUCUUCCUCAUCUUUUACCUCAGAAAACACCUCGUCUUCCUCUACCUAUUCCUCUUCUUCCUCCUCUUUCAUUAUUACCAGUUUCUACCCCUCCCCCCUCCUCCUUUCUCACCAUUGCCACUUCUUUUUCUCCCUACUUCCUCCCCCUCUUUUCCUCCUCCUCCUCCUCCUCCUUCUUCUUCUUACUUUUCUUUUUCUCUUUUUUCUUCUUCUUCAUUUUCUUCUUUUUCUUCUCCUCCUGCUCCUCCACCUCCUCCUCCCACCCACCCUCCCUCCCACCCUCCAUCACCCCCCCACACCAAAACAACUAUUCAGCAUCCAUCCAUUUUUCUUUCGAAAUUCACUUUCUUAAUUUUUAGAAGAAUAAUAUAAUAUAUAUAUACUUACGUAUACUCGAAACCUGUACCUUCCAGAGCUGAGUCUUCAUAAUUUAUGUAGUUAGAGCGUAGUUUUGAAACCUUGGCCGGGUCUGUGGUUAUGACGUCUUUGCGGUUCUUGAGUAAAGAGAGAGAGUCGAGAUUUCUGACGUGUCAUUUGGGAGCAGAAAGUGGAUUUUUGAUUGACGUUUCGACUGAGUAAAGUAAUUAAUUUUUUGUUUCCUUUCUUUCUUUUAUUAUUAUUAUUAUUAUUUUUUUAUUAUUAUUAUUAUUUUCAUUAGCAUUAUUAUUGUUAGUAUUAUUCUUAUCAUCGUCGUUAUUAUAAUCAUUAUUAUUGUUAUUAUUCUUUUUCUUAUCUAUUUCUUUGUUCGUUCAUAUGAUUGGCUUCAUCACUUAUAUCUGCAGAAUAUAUUAAAAGAAACUUAAAUCUUUCUUGAAUACACAUUUAUCUAUUUUCUCACUUCUUCAUUCACAUCAAUUUUCUUUCUCCCAAAUGAUGCUAAAGAAAUCUCCCGAGAUCGGAAUCAGAAGGACAUACGAAAACAGAGGGAAUAUAAUGAAAUAAGAAAAUGAAAAAAAAAGAUCAAUUUAUUUUUUCGUUACUUAAAAAAAAAAGGGAGAAUAGAUCUCUUCGCUGCUAAUGGAGGUUGUCCGUCUCUUCAGCAUCCCUUUCGAAUCCUCAAGGAAAGAACCAAAAAGAAAUAGAUAAUAAUAAAAAAGAAGGAUUGGCAACUGUAUCUCACAGAGUUAACGUAUUAAGACUUAAUAUUAAAAAAAAAAAAGUAAAAAAAAAAGUAUGUAAAUAAUUAAGGUUGUAAUAUUCUUUUUUUUUUGGUCUUUUUAUAAGAAGAAGACACAAAAAAGAACCCAAAAUAAAAAUAUGUUUAGGCUUUACUGUGCAUGAGGUGUAUAGGGCAGUUUCCCCACUUAAGAACACGAGGAGGUUAUGUUUAUAUUCUUUAAAUGCACAGAGUAUUUUCAAACGGGUGUUAGGUCCGUGCAAUAGACGAGUUUUCCCCCCUCCCCUUUCUCUCUCUAUCUGUCUAUCUCUUUUAAUUAAGUAUACUAUUGAGGCAGAGUAACUUAGGAUUAUUUUAGGGAAGUCCAGAUACGUGUUUUAAUUAUUAUUAUUAUUAUUAUUGUUUUUUUUAUUAUCAUUAUUAUUAUUAUUGAUAAUUACCAUCAUUAUUAUCAUGAUAAUUUUCACUGUCAUAUUCUCUCUCUCUCUCUCUCUCUCUCUCUCUCUCUCUCUCUCUCUCUCUCUCUCUCUCUCUCUCUCUCUCUCUCUCUCUCUCUCUCUCCUUCCCUCGUUUUGUACCAUAAUAUUCCUUUCCUCCUUUUCCCAUCUAUCCCUAUCUACGUAACGUUAUUAAGAGAAAAGGAAGAGAAUCUGUUAAUAAUUCUCCUGGGUUGUUCUGCCAAAAUCUCCAAGGAAAAUGUCCCCAGAAACACCAGAUCCUUUUUGGAGAAUUUUUCGUAAAUUAGUGAGGUCUGCAGUGAAGAGAAAUCGCAGGCCUAGUCCGACUACCAUUGGCUUAUACAAACAACUACAGAUAGUUAAGGAUGAAGAUAACAAAAGAAAAUAUAUAUAAAAAAAACAAUUCUACACAAACCAUAAGAGAUAAUAAUAAGAAAAUAAAAGACUCUUUUUGCAUAUAUAUAUUUUUGCUAAGUGAAGCAUCCCUCCUGAUUUCAUAAAUACAGGAGUUAAUUUUGUGGGAAAAAAAAAUUACUUUUUAGACAAACGCAGGGAAGUAACUCUGGAUAGUUUCUUGCCUAUAUAUACUGACACACAAACACACACUGUAGUUUUUUGAACCUUAAAAUAAUAAAAAAAAACAGUAUAUAGACUUUUGUUUGUAUAUCAAUUGGUAGAAUGACUAACCUUGAUGUUUUACUGUAGUGAAUGUGUUGAACUUGAAGAAGAUUUUCAAGAAGAAGAAAUUAGAAAGAAGAUUAAAAAAAAUAAGAGAAACGGAGAGUAUGACAGAAGUGUAUUCAGGGAUUCGUUGCAUGAGCGGUAUUAUCAUGCUUGCACAUGUGUUGCAAGACUGACCUUAAUGGCCUGGGCGUUUUGAGUCCUGUACUGUUUUUUUUUUCUUUUGUUUCUUUCUUCAUCUCUCUCAUUCGUUCUGUCUUUUUUUCGGAUUGGUUAUUAUCAUACAUUUCUCCUUUUAAGAAUAUUUAUUUUCAUCGAUUUAAUAUUCAAAGACAAAAUGGUGAUAAAAAUAAGCAAAACAAUUUCAGAUCGUUCCUUUUAUAUGUCUAUCAGGAAAUUUCGUUUCUCUUCUUCCAUUAUCUAUUCGUAAAUAUAUCACGAGGAAGAUAUUAUAAUCAGUCACUCAUUUAGACCAUCUAUUCAUUACGCUUAUCAAGGUCUUCAUUCAAUAAGUAUUUCUUUGAUAUCCCAAUCCUCUCUUUACUUUCAUAUUAUCAGAGCCAAUCAACAAAGUUCCAGAUUUUGAUAAUGUCAUUAAAUACCCAUAUCAUUUACAAAACGACCUCAGACCAUUAAACAUAUUGUAUACGGACCGAAAGUGUGUCUUUGUCAACUCUCGUAUGUAAGUAAUGGAACGCUAAUGUUAAUCUUAAUAUUGUAAAAACAAACAAACAAGCAAACAAACAAACACACGAACAAACUAUUUCUCACUUCUGUCUCCAUAUGUAUUCAUCUUGGUAAAGUAGCAUUUAGCGAGUGAUUCUUACAUCCCUCGUAUAGUAUUUUUUGUGGAGAUGUUGUAAGUAAGGUCUAAAUGUUAGUGUAUUUACAGUUUGAGAGCGAGCAUUAUCAUCAUAAUUAUUAUGAUUAUUGUUUUUUAUUUUUAUUAUUAUUUUUUCCCGAAGUGAACUGGGAAAUUAAGACCCUUAAUGCAAUCAGAUGAAUGACAGCCAGCACGGUGGAUUGUAACGGAAAAAAAGUAUACCCGUGGGAACAUUAUUUUAUAAACAUAAAGCUUGUGACUAGUAUUUUCUUUGUCUCUCUCUCUCUCUCUUUCUCUCUUUUUUUUUCUCUUACUGUUUUGCCUCCUGAUUAUCAUUUCAGUAUUUUUUUUUUCAUGUAUACGUAUAUGUAAUUCACCUUCUGUUUCGGUGAUAUGUGAUGAUUACGUUAUUUUAAUUCAAUUUAAUUAUCAUUUUAAUGUAGUUUCUAUUUCACGAUGUCUCUCUCGUCGUCUUUAUUUUUUAGUCUUAUGUUUGUUUUCUUCCUUAUCUUGAAGAUAUUUUUUCGGGUUAUUCCCCUAAUUAGUAAUAUCGAACAACUCAGUGUUCUUUUCUCAACUCCGUGUAUACGAGCCAUGUAUACUAUACUUACCUUACCCAACCAACGAACGCCUGUAGCAGUGUAUUGACAUGUGUAGUGUUAUAGACGUAUGACAGAAAUUUAGGUUUAAUCAAAGCCUAGAGUAUUAAACAACAGUCGGGUAUCUUCAUAAACAUACUGGACAAAAUGUUUAUUGUUACAGAAUCUAUGGUAUACCCAAUGUUGCUUGGUCAACUCAUUAGUUCUUAAGUAUAUCAAACAAACCUUGUACUUGGUGAAAAUAUCGAAGACUUUCAACUCUUUUCAUUUCCUCCUUAAGUUUCAUUUCUCUCAAGAAAUGUUCUAUUUAAUUUAUUCAUUCUCAUGAUUAAGAUGUAUUCCUACAUGUAUCCAAUAUAAGAUAGUAAACUUAAAGUACAUACGGACUGUAUCCAUAUUACGACAGUUGAACCUGAUGAUUAUAUUGUGAAACAGCCGAUUUCUUGAAUUUAGUGGAGCAAUUGUGUUGUAUCAUGAUGAUAGUUUUAAUAUUCAUAGGUGUUCUAUAUUUUGUAAUCAUGUAUACAAAUGUGAGGAAAAAAAUAUACGUAACUCCAUACCAGGCAGUAUCUGAACCAAAUAGAAGCUUGUAAUUAUUGCAUAGCGCUUUCUGGCUUUCUUAACAAUGUAUUUUUUAUGACAUCCUUUGCAUUAGUUGUUAUUGAACAUAUGUAUCCAGGGGUAAGUAGGGUCUUACCUUCAGUGUGCAUAAGGCCGCUUACCGAACCUCUUACCCCACCCCCCCUUCCUCCUCCUCCUCCCCCUCACUCUACCCCAAUUCUCUUCCUCCCUCUCCUCUCCUCUCUUCGUCAUUGAUGUAAGAGUAAUGAUGUAAUUAAUUGCAUUGUUUGGCACUUUGUAAAACUGCAACAUGAGUCUUGCAAUAACAACGGAUGCAUCGUAACUUAUUUCGAAUCAUAAUUAUUAAUGUACAUUUUACACAUUCAAAAUGCCACGGCAGCUUUUCUUUGAAUUUACUAGUAAAGUUAUAUAGAUUUUUGUUUUCCCCCUUUUUUUUUCUCUAGAUAUAAUUUCAAUGUUUUUUUUUUUUUUUUUUUUUUUUUUUUUUUUUUUGUCAUUUAUUUUGUCCUAUUUUUUUUUUUUUUUUUUUUUAAUAUAUAGAAGGCAAUAGUUUGUCAAUGUAGACCAGAUUGUGAUUUCCUAGAAGAAACGGAGGCAGGCGACUUCCCUGGACUGGGCGAGGCUAAAAUCGAGAAAGAUUUUCAAGAACAACUAUCUUUAGAAAGUGGUUUUUGAAGAUCUCUGAUUUUGGCGACAUAAAAAAAAAAAAAAAAAAAAAAACUACCUCUGAACAACUACCCCCCCCCCCCUUUUUCCUUUUCCUCCCUCUCCAUCCCCAGUAAAUAAAUAAAUGAAAGGAAUUUAUCAUCUGUAUCAUGUCUGUCUCUCAUCUAUUUUUUGAGUGUCCAAAAAUAUAACUGAUAAAGAUCUCGUGAAGAAAUUAUUCUUGAUAUUUAUAUAGUAAUCACAUACCUCCCCCCCCUCUCCCGCCUUCUAAACAAUAACCCCUUCUUUCUACCCCCCCCCCCCCCCCACCGUCCCCCGAUAUGCAUUUUUAUAUCUAUUCCAACUGCCUCAAUUUAGGGAAGUCCUGACCUGUAUAUUCUUGUUUUUUUUUGUGUUUUAAAUUCAUUGGUGAUUUUUUUUAUAACAUGUAAAACCUCGCUUACUCCUGUAUGUAAAUAUUCUUUUCAAUUACAGCAGAAGCUAUGAUGAUAAACAAAACAAAACAAAAAAAAAGCAUAAAAAAAUGUUCAUGUCUCGGAGAUAAAAAAAAAAAAGUUUUAGAUAUUUCCUAUCAGCUGAAGUACUGAGGACUGGACGAAUAAUAUUUGUUUAUGUUUGUGUGCCACUCCACAUGUGUCUGUACAUAGAGAACAACUUCGCAAUACAAACUUUACUGAAU